GUUAAAUAAAAUUGUGUUUUUUAAACAAAAACUAAAUUAAACAUUAUCCAUUCUGCCUUGAAAUAUGGAGCCACAGGCCAAGCUGUUUUUUCUGAUAUCAAUACUGGUUAUUCAAGAUUCUGGAGUUUGUUUAACGUUUGACAGCAGCCCCCCAAAUCGACUGGUGUUUGUGUUGGGUAAAAACACUACAAACAUCUCAAUGAAAUGGAUGAUAAAUUUGACAAGCGAGGAAGUUUUUAGCAGCAUGAAGUUAGUCAGGCUGGAAUCUCUCGACACAUCUAAAGAAGCAGUACUGUAUUUUUAUAAUGUUUUAAAACCCAAUCAGAUCACUAUCAAUACCAAUCUAUACAGCGCCAGUAGAGACAUCAAAAGUGGACCAUCUUCUGGGUCAUUCAACUUUACUAUCAAGGACAUGGCAAACCAAAUCAACAAUGAUGGUGGAAGCCUUUAUAACCCACUGUCCAAAGAUUACCUGUACAGACUGAUUAUCAAAGUGGUUACUACAGACGAUGUAUUACAUACAAGUGAUUCCAAAUUGUUUUUUUUCGCUCCACCUGGCAGACCUACUCUUCAAGUCAAUAAGAAAACAUUUUGUCUCAAUGCAACUGUUAAUAUGACUUGUACUGCAAAGACUGGAAAUCCACCAAACACCACUGUAGUAUUUUACAGAAACAAUGAAAAGAUCAGAGAAGUGAAGAAUAAUGUAGAAGCAACAGCAAUGGUUACCAUCAAUCUGGAUAAAGCAGGAGAAGAAACCUUCACUUGUCAAGUUGAAAACAUCGCUGGAUCAUCUCAAAACAGUACUUUGUUAAAUCUUACGGUAAAAGAUAAACCAGAACAGCUCUCAGUAGUCAACUCAGAGAGUGGUUUYUUGUAUGUCAAYAAAGGACAACCAAUCAACGUCACAUGCACUGCCAUUGCAAAYCCAAAKCCUGAUUAUGUCUGGAUGUUCAAACACAAAAAUCUACACAGUCCAAUAAACAAUACCAUCAUUAUCAGUAAUGCUACCUUAGAUGAUGMUGGGAUGUACACAUGUACUGCCAUCAAUUCUAUUGGGARAGAAAGCAUCAAUGUCACAUUGCAAGUUAACUACAAACCAGACCAGCUCACAGUUAUCAAUGCACAAGGUGGUGUCUUGUAUGUCAAUAAAGGACAACCAGUCAACAUCACAUGUAAUGCCACUGGAAACCCACAGCCUGAUUAUGUUUGGAGCUUUAAAGGCAAACAGCUACACAGUUCAAUCAAUAGUACCAUUGUUAUCAGUAAUGCUACCUUAGAUGAUGCUGGGAUGUACACAUGUACUGCCAUCAAUUCUAUUGGGAGAGAAAGCAUCAAUGUCGCAUUACAAGUUAACUACCUAAUGGAUGCUAUUUGUGGACCAAAAAUUCACACUGUCAACGAUGGUGAUAAUGUAGCCCUAAACUGCUCAGCAAUUGGUAUCCCAGCUGUAAGUUAUACAUGGACUGUAAAUAACAAAGUGUCUCAAGGACCAACGACCACCUUUGUGGCAACUAGAAGUCUUAAUGGUUCCAUGGUAACAUGUAUUGCUACGAAUUCUUUUGAAAGAAAGACAUGUUCCAAAACACUUAUAGUGUACUGCUAAUGUGGAAAAAAGCCAGUAUUUGAGCUGGUUUCAAGUUGAAACUGUACUGAAUUCCAUCGAGCUGGACGGGUGAGGAAGGCGAGACUAUUUUCGAUGCAAAAUCGUCUUGAAAUGGCAUC